UGAAAUCAAGCACUGUUGGCAAGAAGUGAACCUACUAGUUGACGUUAGCUCACUUGUCUCGUGUGUGGUGGUUUGCGUGAGAAAUUACUUGAUCCCGUAAAAACUGUUGGGGCAGGGUAAUAAAGACAACAACCACUCUAAUCUGUUAAUAUGUUUUAGUAGACUGACGUUAGAUCUGUUUGGAGCCGUACAUGCGAAAUGCUCAUCGUAGCUACAUAUCACGUUACCUUAAAUUAGUUUUUAAGUGCCUAUAAUGUAGAUGAUAUCGCCGGUAACUACAUUAUAGUCACUACUGUGUAUUCAACACAAAAUCCUGGUAUAUACACACUUUGCAACACGGGCGGAAGCGUCCAGUAGCAGUAAACCGCUUGAGUCCAAUUGUGCGUCCGGAACAUUAACCUUAAGGAAAAUGAAGCUGAAAGAGAUUCAGAGAACAGCCCACCAGGCGUGGAGUCCGGCUGGACACCAUCCUAUCUAUCUGGCCUUGGGAACAUCAGCACAACAGCUUGAUGCCUCUUUCAAUACUACGGCUGCCCUAGAAAUAUUCGAGAUGGAUUUUUCGGACUGCUCUCAGGAUAUGCAGCUCAAAGGCUCAUUACCCACCUCAAACAGGUUGCACAGUAUCGUGUGGGUGAAUUUUGGAAUGGGAGCAGAUGGUACUGGAGGGAGACUGGUUGGUGGCAGUGAAAAUGGCACCGUGACUGUUUAUAGUCCGGAGGCCAUAAUGAGCUCUGGAGUGGAAGCAGUAGUGGGACAGUCUAACAAACAUACAGGGCCCGUUCGAGCACUCGAUUUCAACCCAUUUCAGAGUAAUCUGCUUGCAUCAGGAGCAAAUGAUUCAGAGAUAUACAUCUGGGAUCUAAACAACUUCAGCAGUCCAAUGACACCAGGAGCAAAGACACAGCCUGCUGAAGACAUCAGUGCAGUGUCCUGGAAUAGACAGGUUCAGCACAUUCUAGCCUCUGCUACCCCCAGUGGGAAAGCAGUUGUGUGGGACCUGAGAAAGAACGAGCCCAUCAUCAAGAUCAGUGACCACAGCAACAGGAUGCAUUGUUCAGGAAUGCUCUGGCACCCAGAUGUGGCCACACAGUUGGUGUUGGCCUCUGAAGAUGACCGCCUGCCUGUCAUUCAGAUGUGGGACCUUCGUUUUGCCACAUCACCCCUUAAAGUAUUUGAGAACCACACAAGGGGAAUUCUGUCCAUAUCCUGGAGCCAGGCUGAUUCUGAGCUCCUGCUGAGUAGUGCCAAAGACAACCGGAUCCUCUGCUGGAAUCCAAACACUGGAGAGGUCAUUUAUGAACUUCCAACAACAAACCAGUGGUGUUUUGAUGUCCAGUGGUGCCCUAGGAAUCCAGCCCUGCUUUCAACAGCAUCAUUUGAUGGGAGAAUCACUGUGUAUUCUGUGAUGGGAGGGAGCUUGAAGGCUCAGCAGCAAAACACAGCUGAUAAGAUAUCCUCCUCAUUUGAUACAAUGGAUCCAUUUGGUACAGGGCAGUUGCUGCCUCCUCUGCAAAUUCCUCAGCCUGCUGCACAGGACACCAUAGUUCCCCCUCUGAAGAAGCCACCCAAGUGGGUGCGCAAACCGGUGGGCGCUUCCUUUGCUUUUGGUGGAAAGUUGGUAACCUUUGAGAACCCUAAGGUGCCUCCAUUGCAGAGCCCCCAGCCUGUCCCCAGACAAGUGUUAGUGAGUCAGGUUACCACAGAAACAGAGUUCCUCCAGCGCUCCAGGGAGCUCCAGACAGUGCUGCAGUUGGGUUCCUUCCACAGCUACUGUCAGGCCAAGAUACAGAACACCAAGUCCGAUGCUGAGCAGGAUAUAUGGAAGUUUCUUCUGGUAAACUUUGAGGAUGAAGCUCGCAUUAAAUUCCUCCGACUUUUGGGUUUUAGCAAAGAUGAACUGGAGAAAAAGAUUUCAAAAUCCCUGGGGAAGAAUUUUCAACCCAAUGGACAUGGAGUAGAUGCCAAAGAUCUGGCAGAAAAGAUGCAGCGGCUCUCUACUGAGAGGUCAGAUGAAGCAGCUGCAGUAGCUGAUGUAAGAACCUCAGGUUCUGUUUCACCGGCCGACUUCUUCAACCAGACCCCAAAGGAAAACUCCAACUUCCAGAUACAUGUAUCAUGUGAUACUGAUGGUUUGAUCAGCCAGGCCCUGCUGGUUGGGAACUUUGAGGGAGCCGUGGAUCUGUGUCUGAAUGAUGGCCGAUAUGCUGAAGCCAUCCUGUUGUCUAUCAGCGGAGGCGAGGAGCUACUCAAGAAAACUCAACAAAAAUAUCUAAGCAAGCAAAAGAACAGCAUUUCAAUGCUUAUAUCAUCAGUUGUGACCCAGAACUGGAAAGACAUAGUGCAAAGCUGUGAGUUGGACAACUGGAAGGAGGCUCUCGCCGCUCUGCUGACCUAUGCUCACCCAGAAGACUUUGCCCGUCUUUGUGAUACCCUGGGCGGUCGGUUGGAGCAUGAGGGGACAGAGAAGCGCUGCCUGCAGGCCUGUUUGUGUUACAUCUGCUCUGGGAACAUUGAGAAGCUGGUGGAGUGCUGGGCCUUGCACAGAGACUGCUCCUCUCCGCUUGGUCUAGAGGAUCUAGUUGAGAAAGUAAUGAUGCUGCAUAAGUCAAUUGAACGCCUCCGCAACAGCGAGUUGGCGGUCCAGAGUCCCCUCCUAGCUGAGAAGCUAACCAGCUAUGCUGGCAUACUGGCUGCAGAGGGCAGUCUGUCCACUGCCAUUUCCUACCUGCCUGAGAACUCAGACCAACCUGGAGUCAUGAUGUUGAGGGAAAGGCUGUUCCAUGCUCAGGGAGAGGCUGUCAUUGGACAGCAGCCUCCAAGCUCCAUCAACAGAGUUGGUGUGUCCACAGUCAAACCUACUCCUGCUGCUCAGACUCCUGCACCAAAAGCACAAAUUAUGAAUCAGUACCAGCCUUCAGUUCCUUCCCAGGUGUCUGCACAACCUCCAGUGCCGUCACUUUUUACCCCACAACCGCCUCCAGCCAGCACUGGGCCUGGCCUGCCACAAUCUACUCAUGUACUGCCGCCCAGUGCGACCCGCCCAGCCAUAAGGCCUUCCUAUCCCCAACAUCCUGCUCCGGCUCCAGGUUUUCUUCCCCAUCAGCCAUUCCAGCCUCAGCCUUUGCCCAUGGGUGGACAUUCAGCCUUCCCUCCUCCAGGUCCAUCUAUGCCAGCUGCUAACUUAUCAGGACCUCAACUGCCGCCUUUGUCAUCGACCCCUGGUGGCCUGCCACCUAUGCCUAGCCCCGGGGUGCCACCAACGAGCUUCAUGCCAUCUACCUCUUUACCUUCAGGCCCCAUGUCACCUAGCUCUCAAUCUGGAGCCCCAGUUCCCAUGUACCUAGGGGGCCUCCACAGCCAGGGGCAUGCACCCCCUAUGGCAUCUGGUCCUUAUGCUCCUCCUGGAUCAGGGUAUCCACAGGGAGGCCCUGGAGCUCCUGCUGUAAAGCCCUUCGCUGGCCCCUGUGUCGCUCCUCCUCCCACAGGACCUCAAGAAGGCUGGAAUGACCCACCAACGGUACGAGGUGGACCUCGGAAGAAGAAGCAGGUCCCUGAAAACUAUACUCCACCAGCCCCCAUCACAGCCCCUGUGAUGGGUUUCCCAGUGGAGGCCUCUCAGUCUCACGACCAUGCCCAAGUCCCACCUGGAGCCCCACAGGAGCCCACCAUGCAGGUUGGUGUGAUCUGAAUUCUCUAAAGUAAA